UUGCACAGUGGUGAUUUGCAAGCGACGAAAAUGGCUAGUAAAGCCUUGCUUGGAUACAGACAAUCAUUGGAUGAUGUUUCUAAAAGAAGAUACGAUGAGAAAUGUGCUUUGAUUGACAAGAUAGAUCCGUAUCUACUGGAUAAGACCAAGUGGAGUAAAGACAUAAAUCUUUGGGCAAGUGUGACGUUCGCAGACAUUUUUAUGUAUUUGGUGAACUUUACAAGUGUUUACACUGUUGAAGAGCUGAAGUGUUACAAGGGAUUGCAGGCAUACAACCAAUUCAUCAGCGGAUGGGUACGAGAUGUAGCAGUGUACAAAGUCAACGAUCUCUGCCUACAUACUGCAAGAGUGAUGCAUUCUCAAAGAUUAACCGACACUCCACUGACCCCAUGGAUUAUCAUUGAACCAGAUGGAAAGGUCCUUGCGGCACAUUGCAACUGCAUGGCAGGAUUAGGAGAGUGCUGCACCCACGUUGCAGCACUCCUCUACAGCAUUGAGGCUACUGUGCUGGUUCGAAACUCCAGGACUGUGACAGAAGAGAAGGCCUACUGGCUCCCGGCAAGUGUGAAAGGAGCAAACUAUAAAACUCUUAAAGAAAUUGACUUUACAUCAGCACGAACAAAGAAGAAAACACUGGAUAACCAACUUGCUGGCACACCAGUGACUCCACGCUCGCAACAGGAGCUUCGAGAAGUUCAUCCUCCGACUGAGGAAGAACUUACAGGAUUUCUCCAACGACUGAGUGCAACUGGAGCAAGAUCAGUUAUCCUUAGUGUUAAAGCCCCAUUCCAGAAAGAGUUCAUCCCAACACCUGUAAGUGCUAAUUUUCCACUGAUAUUGACUGAUCUGUUUAACAAGGAACUUUUAAGUGCUGGUUUUAGUGAAAUCAUGAUCAAGUGCAAGAAUCUGAAGAUUGAGGUUUCUGAUCAAGAGGCAGCGAAUGUUGAAAGUGCUACGAAAGAACAGUCAAAGUCCAAGCUCUGGAAUAGAUUCAGGAGUGGUCGUGUGACAGCAUCAAAGAUGUUUGCGGUGUGCCGCACUAACCCAGCAGCUCCAUCAAAGAGUCUGAUCUCCUCCAUUUGCUACCCAACUGAAACUUCCUUUAAAUCUGUGGCAACGUCUUGGGUUAUGGAUCAUGAACAUGUAGCUAGAACCUCCUACAAGGAAGCAAUGGAACUCCUGCAUGACAACUUUUCGCUGGAAAACGCAGGAUUCACCAUCAACCCGGACUUCCCAACAUUAGGUGCCUCUCCAGAUGGACUUGUGGCGUGUGAUUGUUGUGGUAUUGGUGUAGUUGAAAUAAAGUGUCCUUACAGUGUCAGACAGUCCUCACUUAACGACUACUCUUGCUUAGAGGAUACACCAGAUGGGAAAAAACUGAAAACAGAACACCAAUACUACUACCAAGUCCAAACACAGAUGUUUGUUACAAAACGGGAAUUUUGCGACUUUGUUGUAUGGACUGAGCAAGACAUGCACAUUGAGAGAAUAGAACCUAAUGACCAGUUGUGGCAGGAGAUGAGCACAACAGCGAAGGACUUCCACUCAAUCGCAAUUAUGCCAGAGCUGGUUGGAAAGUUUUAUUCUCAUCCAAGCCGUACCUCCCAUGCUGAGACAAGACAAGAUGGACCACUAAAUGUUGUGAACGGUGCCACAACUCUACCCGGAGAUGACAGAGUCAUUGAUGACAAAGAACAUGUGUACUGCAUUUGCCAGCAGCCCGAAACCCCUGACAGAGAAAUGGUUGCUUGUGAAAAUGAAAAUUGUAAACUGGAAUGGUUUCACUUGGACUGUCUGAAAUUGACAAAGUCGAGACUCCCAAAAGGAAAGUGGUAUUGCCCUGAUUGUAAGAGAUCAUCAGCUUCUUCCAUCAGUGCCUCCAGACCAAAGAAACGUUUCAGAAAACAUUAAUUCUGAACUGUCAAUAAACUUGAUUUAAUGUGAGUGUCCGUGCGUACGUAUAUUCCGUACAGUGUACUUGGAUUAAUAAAAAACAGUUACACAAAUGAAUUUUAAUGAGUAUAGGGUAUGUGGUCAUGCUAAUUUGUGGCUACUUAUUUAAAUGGACAUUUUAAAAGCUACCUGGUUAAUGAAUGCAUUUAAAUGUAUGUUUAUGUAAGUACAUUGUAUUUUGUGAAUAAUUUAUUUCUAGUCGAUAGUGAUAGAUAUGUCAUAUAAUGCGAACAACGUACGUACUUGACAUAAUUUUGAUAAAUAUUUAAAUACCGUUCUUACAUGAUGUACAUGAUGAAAGCAAAGUUAUACAGUGUAACUUGCCUAAACAGGACCCUGUGAAAUUCGGAUCCCUCAGCAUUCCGGCCUUAAUGGUAACAAAAUGUUACCAAUAUAUAUGUUGACCACUACAUACUGUGUUGUAACUGUGUAAACUGGUCAAAAGUGACACCUGGUUUAGACAUGUUACACUCUACAUGGUAACAACUGCUGUUUAAGAUUUAUUACUCUUUUGGUGUGUUAAGCAGUAUAUAUUACCAGUUAUAAAUCUCGGGGUAGAUACCAUGGCAUUUUGUCAUGUUUGUGGUAUACGUACAUAAUUAUAUACCGGUAGGUUUAAAUGUUUCAAAUGAAAUUAACACAGUGAUUAUUAUUAAUUUUUUUAAAUCAAUUUUCUCAUUCCAAAACUGACAUUUUAGUGUAAUUUUAUGCAUAAUUUUACGUAGUAGUGUUUUGUCAUCACCUAAUAAUUUGGUUACUCUUGAAAUUUAGAUGUCUACGUAGUUUAUUAAAGAUAACCUGCAGUAUACACUGUGGUAAUACAUUCCAAUUUUUCCUGAUUUCAUGAAAAUUCUAAAUUUUUGAAUAGGUCAUUGGCAAUUUUAAUAAAUUGUCAGGAAAUACACUACUAUGUUACAAAUAUUAGCUAGUUGUUGCAAAUAUGAAUGGACAGUUUUGAAUUCUGUAAAUGUUCAUGGUAUGCUUUAAUGUAUUUUUAUAUUCAAGUUUCAGUGUUUGUUGUAAUGCGAUUGCAUUACAAGAUUAAAUAUUUGA